ACACGAACGUCACGUCCACGUCCAGCCCGGAGAGAGGACCCGAGAUUACGCGGUGACCGCCUCAAACGACCGGACGUCCACGCCCCGCGGGUGCCACCAUGGGUAAAAACAAGCAGGCGCAGCGCACCAAGAACAAUGCACGGCCGUCGAACAGCAGCCGCAGCGCAGAACUCCUGGGGACCGCGAUGCCCAACUUCGUCGGGUUCUCGGCGGUCAAGGACGGCGGAUACGUUCCCGUUCUACCCGGUCUGUCUCUGUGUUCGUUGAACGAGGUCGAGAUGAACAGCGUGGACUCCAGUUUUCAAGCGGUGCUGAAGAAGAUGAGCAAGAAGGACGCUACGACCAAGUUCAAGGCGUUGCAGGAGUUCACGACUCUGUGCCAGGACGCCGAAUUGCCGGCGGUGGAGGGCAUGCUGCCAUUUUGGCCGCGGUUCUACUGCGCCCUGGCCAUCGACAUAGAUCACAGGGUGCGAGAGGCCGCUCAGCUGGCGCACGCGGCGGUCGUGGCGCGUUUGGGCAAGGGUAUAGCGAUGUACCUGAAACAACUGGCCGGCACUUGGUUCACGUCGCAGUACGACGCGUAUCCACCGGCGGCCUCGGCCGCCGUCAACUCCUUCAACGGCACGUUCCCGCCGUGGAAGGUCGCCAGCGCGAUCGUCCAUUGCCAGUGCGAGAUCCUGCUGUACGUCAGCAACAACAUUAUCGUGCACACGGCCCAGACGUUGUCGACGCAGAAGUCCCUCACCAACGAGGAGAUGGAAGCCAAGUACGAGAGAGUGCUGACGGCGAACCUGCAGGCGUACAGCUGCUACUUCAAGAAGGUGCCGCUCGACGAGAUCGACAAGACCUUGGAGAUUCACACCAAGAUCUUGAGCAGUUCGAGGUUCUGGAAGCUGGCCAAGCACGACGCCUUGCCGAUAAGGACGGCCUUCUUCAACGUGCUGACGUCGAUAAUGGAAAACGCGGUCAAGUUGCUGGAAGGCGACAAGAAGAGGACGGUGACCACUAUUAUGAAUAGUCUGGACGAAUCCGAGCCCGCGCUCUUGUCGGCCGUGUGGGAAUCGAUGCUCGUAGCCACAACGAAGAUCAACGACUGGCAUCUCGUCGUGAAUAUCAACAAGCUUGUGCUCCCGAAGCUGUGGCGCGUCUUACAGUCCGGUGGCCAGUGCUGCGCCAGCACCGUCUACCCAAAUCUUCUGCCCUUCGUCAGCCAGUUUCCCAAGUUUAACAUAGAUCUCGCUGACAUGUACACGAAUUUCUUCAACAACAUGCGCCAGGGUUUCUCCGUCAAGAGCGUGCAGAUGAGCCGUUCGGAAACGCUCGCCGUGGCGACGUCCUUCGUCGAGUGCCUGCGUUACUCGAUUCUCGUCAACGCCGACGAUGUAGACUUGUGCGUGCGGCUCCUCAGGGAACAGCUUAUGCCCGUCGUGGAGGCUUGCAUGGCCGACGGUAUCUCGAUGAAACAAUUCUGUCUCACCGACAUCACGCAUCUAAUACGGUACUGGAGCAAAAAUCGUACCAACGAGAAGUACAAGUCGUACGCUACCUUGAUGGAGCAGUUCUGGAUUGAGUUGCAGUUGUUGUUCGACAAGUUCAUGAGCGCGCAAAAGGAGAGCGCGCACACCGUGGGCGCAAAAGAUUCCUACUUCGAAUUCUUGUUAAGCUUGAAGAAUGUACCGGAUCGUAAGAAGUUGAAGGUAAAAUUUUCCGACCCAAGCGACUCGGCCGCCGCGAGCGAGCCGAAGGCGAAGGUCGCCGAUGCUUACGCGGACACCGUUUUCCACACGGAACUGUGCAAGUUUGUAAAUGCGCUCUGCACAAUGUACUUCAAUUCGAUAAACGUAUCGGUGAACGACGAUCGGUACGCGGGGUAUAUCAGGCAGGUGAAUAAGCUUAUGGAGCACUUUGCGAGUAGAGAAUUGUUUUGCGCGUUCUCAAAGUCGUUUAAAUUCGACGAGGACUUCUGCGAAUUUUACGACAAGAGCUUGAGACCUUUGUUGCUGCAAAAGUCGAAAGUGACCGAGCAGGUCCUUGAAUUGAUAUUCCAUCUUAUUACGUAUAUGAGUGACGCGGAAAAGGACAAAGUUCUACAGUCGUUGACCGAGUUGAACGAUAUUGCGAUCACGAGGAAUGUUAUAUAUUGCUGUUUAUCUCAACAUAACAAAGAGGACAGCGUGAUUAAGAAAUGGUAUACGCAUGCUGACGUGCCGAAACUGCUGGUUGAUGUGGCGAAAGAAGUUGCUUCGCUGUGCAACGACGAGGGGUAUAACUUGGAUCAAAAUCAGAAUCUGAUUUUGGCGGGUUUUAAAAUCUCGGAAAUUAGAGAUUUGUUAAUAAGCGAGGAGGGCGCGAAUAACAUUGUGUCGAUUUUAUGCGACUCGCUGAAUGGAAGAGAUGACGCUUGUUCCGCGCAAUUUGUUGCAUUUAUUACGAAGCUGAUGACUUCGCUGUGGUGCCAUCAGCAAACAAUAUCGAGCGCUGUACAGAUAUUGGAGACACUUUUUGAGCUGUGCACCCGGGAACACGAUGAUUCAAUUGCCGACGCAGUACGCACCAGCUGGAAAGAGGGAUUUGUAAAAAGCAGUCGGAUAUUAUCUGCCCUCGAGUUUGACGAUCUUAUUAAAAGAUGCGGCGUUAUUAUCUGGAGCAAAAUAUACAAUGCACGCGCAAGUUCUGUUACGGAUGUAUUGGUGGAUUUGGCGACAGAUGUUUUACAAGUUAUAAUCGACAACACCGGCAACGUAAAAUCCCAUUGCGUUGAACAAACCGUUCUGUCCUUCCUAACGGCGUCCGAUAUAAAAUUGUGGAUCGGAGAGACAACCGCUGUCGCGAUAUACGGCGAGGUGUUGACGGGCCACUUGUACGUGUCGAAUGUCGAGAAGAAUAUACGGAUUUUGCAGCAGCCUACGCCCAUCGAUAUAACGAGCGAUGUCGUUUCGGACAACACGGCGAGUUGUUUGUCGUGGGCCUCGUUCAACACGGAUUUGCUCAAUAAUCUGUGCAAGAGACUGAGGGGCUCUGAUCCGGAGAACAACGUGUCCUCGGAUUCGGGAGAGGGAAGUUUCGAAUUGAACGAUUUGAAUUUCCCAGGCGUCACGGAUAUACUGAUGAAUAUUAUAUACGUGGUUAGCGUAGCUGACAUGUACAGCAAGCAUUACAGGUCCACCAAGCAUUACAAUGACGUCGACGUGCUUCGUGACUCGCUCAGGAACAGUUUCGUCACCCUGCACGGACACCUCGCGAAGAAUCUUCGCGACGUAUCGUCGCAUGUACGAGCGAAUCGGAAAAGUUACGGAUGUAUGCUGCCGUACAUAAUUCGUACGCUUUACACGGAAUUUUUCUCGAGAGAUCAAGCCGAGGACGCCACGGAGUAUUUUGAACAGUACAGCGAUAACGAAGUUGCAGAGAUGCACGACGACGAAGUGCACGUGCAAAUGAUGCAAAUCUUGAACUGUCACUGGCCACAAAAUAUGCCGGAAGUGUUGUCGACGCGCAACGAGAUUUACACGCUGAUCCUCACCAGGACUAUGAUAUCCGAGUCUUCCAGGCACGAGCUUCCUCCGCUGUACGAUACUGUUGUAUACAAAGUUAUGUCGCGUUACAACGAUAUCUUCGCGAUUUUGGAUCGCGACAUCUCCGACACUUCGUGGGACGAAUUGCUGUUGCCGCUGGAAGUUAUGAGGCUGCUCACGGCAGUUGUCCAAAAUAUCCCGUGGAAGCUGAAACACGCCUACUGGGAUUUGAUCUUGAUAUCCCUCACAAAGUGGCAAGAGGUGCUCAACAACGCCAAGCACAAUUACACUGACAUUAAAACAACAACGCUGAUGACGGCGCUUAGCCAAUUGUACUGCGCGGUCGAAGCUGUAAUGAACAAGCACAAGUCGGAGCCGAUACCGGAGCUACCCCCGGCACUCGUGGACGAAUGGAAGGACGUGAUUGCUGGCAACGUGUACAGCGGCAUUGUCCAAACCUGGAUAUUUUACGCCGAUCUAUGCAGUCAGAAUACAGACGCUAUAAAAUCCGUCAUACCACUGAAUUAUUUGGGCGAGGCAAUUUGCACGUUCGACAGUGGCGUAUCGCUCAAGAAAUACGACGAGCAGACCGAAGUGAUCGAUUUCAACAAGAUGUUAAAGCUGUCCCUGAAAUUAUUGCAAUCUCCCGUGCUCAGUAUCCAAUUGGGUGCCUAUUACGCACUGAAAUAUGUGCUACCGGAGCUUGUGCAGCACGACAAGGUUCUCGUCGAGUCUGACAACUUCGAGCCGUGCAGCCUCGAUAUCAGAAAAUUCGAAGAAGUAUUGUCGAACACGCAGAACAUUGUCAACACAAUGCUUAUGGAGUUUAAGUAAGUUCCUGCUUUAUAUUGAAUCCCCCCCCGCGAAAGU